CUUAGCCAAGCCAAGCUGUCCCACCCUCCUCGGCGUUUGCUUGUCAUCAAACAGCCAGCCGCCCGAGGCUGACCUCAUAUUUGACAAGGCUUACCGGGAUGGACAUAGGCGUUUGGAUUUCUCAAGGAUUCUCCCCCCUCUGACUAACAUGGAUGUCCCACCAUUCCUUGCAGUUGAAGGUUGCUCCUUGGCGCAGUGAAUGAAGAACAUGCAGGGAUUGCUAAUGGGUUUGGGAAGCGGAUCCUCCUCGCUCAUGUCUCUGUGACCAUGCCGUGAUCGUGUCUGAGGGCCAUCACCAGUCUGUGUGUCCUUUCAUUCUUACCCUGCCGGGGAAGCUGACGCUCUAUCGGGGGAAGGAAAACGUGCGGAUGUACACUGGAACCAUGAAGAUUAUUUUCCUUUUUCUAACUCAUCCAUUCUUCAGGUGCACCCUAAGAUUGGCCGCUUGCUUGUUUUGGAUUGGCUAUACUCAAGGGACAACACACGUUUUACGAUUUGGGGGGAUUUUUGAAUAUGUAGAGUCUGGACCUUUUGGAGCAGAAGAACUAGCCUUCAGAUUUGCAGUGAAUACAAUUAACAGAAACAGAACAUUACUUCCAAACACAACUUUAACAUAUGAUACUCAAAGAAUUAACCUCUAUGACAGCUUUGAAGCAUCCAGAAAAGCUUGUGAACAGCUGUCUUUAGGAGUGGCUGCUAUAUUUGGACCUUCCCACAGUUCUUCAGCAAAUGCAGUGCAGUCUAUAUGCAAUGCACUUGGCGUUCCACACAUCCAAACUCGCUGGAAGCAUCAGGUUUCAGAUAACAAGGAUUCUUUCUAUGUCAGCUUGUACCCAGACUUUUCAUCACUUAGUCGAGCAAUCCUUGAUUUGGUGCAGUUUUUCAAAUGGAAGACAGUGACUAUCGCUUAUGAUGACAGCACUGGUCUCAUCCGAUUACAAGAGCUUAUAAAAGCUCCAUCGCGUUACAAUUUAAGACUAAAAAUCCGGCAAUUACCACUUGACACAAAAGAUGCCAAACCACUGCUAAAAGAGAUGAAAAGAGGCAAAGAAUUCCAUGUUAUCUUUGACUGUAGUCAUGACAUGGCAGCUGGCAUACUUAAACAGGCAUUAGCAAUGGGAAUGAUGACAGAAUAUUACCAUUAUAUAUUUACCACCCUGGACCUAUUUGCAUUAGAUGUGGAGCCAUAUAGGUACAGUGGUGUUAAUAUGACUGGAUUUAGAAUUUUGAAUAUAGAAAACAGCCAAGUUUUAUCUAUAAUUGAAAAAUGGUCUAUGGAAAGAUUGCAGGCACCCCCAAAACCUGACUCAGGAUUACUGGAUGGAUUUAUGACGACGGAUGCAGCCCUCAUGUAUGAUGCCGUCCAUGUGGUUUCCGUAGCAGUACAGCAGUUUCCACAAAUGACAGUCAGCUCAUUACAAUGUAAUCGGCAUAAACCUUGGCGAUUUGGUUCUCGGUUUAUCAACCUCAUUAAAGAGGCUCACUGGGAAGGCCUCACAGGCAGGAUAACUUUCAAUAAAACCAAUGGCUUACGGACUGACUUUGAUUUAGAUGUGAUCAGUCUCAAGGAAGAAGGCCUUGAAAAGAUUGGAACUUGGGAUCCUGCUAGUGGCUUAAACAUGACAGAUAAUCAAAAAGAAAAACCAGCAAAUAUAACAGAUUCUCUUUCUAACCGGUCUUUAAUUGUGACAACAAUAUUGGAAGAACCUUAUGUGAUGUUCAAGAAAUCUGAUAAACCGCUUUAUGGAAAGGAGAGAUUUGAAGGCUAUUGCAUUGACUUACUUCAAAAAUUAUCUGAAAUUCUUGGAUUUAAAUAUGAAAUUAGGUUAGUGGAGGAUGGCAAAUAUGGAGCUAAAGAUGAUACCAAUCAACAAUGGAAUGGGAUGGUUCGUGAGCUCAUGGAUCAUAAAGCUGAUCUUGCAGUUGCACCACUGGCUAUUACCUAUGUGAGAGAACAGGUCAUCGACUUCACCAAACCAUUUAUGACUCUUGGAAUAAGUAUUUUGUACCGAAAGCCUAAUGGUACAAACCCAGGCGUCUUCUCCUUCCUGAAUCCUCUUUCCCCUGAUAUCUGGAUGUAUAUUCUGCUGGCUUACUUGGGUGUCAGUUGUGUGCUCUUUGUCAUAGCCAGGUUUAGCCCAUAUGAAUGGUAUAACCCACACCCUUGCAAUCCUGACUCAGAUGUUGUGGAAAACAAUUUCACCUUGCUAAAUAGUUUCUGGUUUGGCGUUGGAGCUCUCAUGCAGCAAGGUUCUGAACUUAUGCCUAAAGCUCUUUCUACAAGGAUAGUGGGAGGAAUAUGGUGGUUUUUUACUCUUAUCAUCAUUUCUUCAUAUACUGCCAACUUAGCUGCCUUUCUCACAGUGGAGCGUAUGGAAUCCCCAAUCGAUUCUGCUGAUGAUUUAGCUAAACAAACUAAAAUUGAAUAUGGAGCUGUUCAAGAUGGUGCAACAAUGACAUUUUUUAAGAAAUCCAAAAUUCCAACCUAUGAAAAGAUGUGGGCCUUCAUGAAUAGCAGGAGCCAGUCAGUGCUUGUCAAAAAUAAUGAAGAAGGUAUCCAGCGUGUACUCACCUCUGAUUAUGCCUUUCUAAUGGAGUCAACAACCAUUGAAUUUGUCACGCAACGCAACUGUAACCUGACACAGAUCGGAGGCCUUAUAGAUUCAAAAGGUUAUGGAGUUGGAACUCCCAUGGGUUCUCCAUAUAGGGAUAAAAUAACCAUAGCCAUUCUUCAGCUACAAGAGGAAGGAAUUCUCCAUAUGAUGAAGGAAAAAUGGUGGAGGGGCAAUGGGUGCCCUGAAGAGGAAAGUAAAGAAGCCAGUGCCCUAGGAGUACAGAAUAUUGGAGGCAUUUUUAUUGUUUUGGCUGCUGGACUGGUCCUUUCAGUAUUCGUUGCAGUGGGAGAGUUCCUUUACAAGUCAAAAAAAAAUGCUCAGCUAGAAAAGAGAUCCUUCUGUAGCGCCAUGGUGGAGGAAUUAAGGAUGUCACUAAAAUGCCAGCGACGGUUGAAACAUAAACCGCAGCCUCCUGUAAUAGUGAAAACAGAAGAAGUCAUCAACAUGCAUACAUUUAAUGACAGAAGAUUGCCAGGAAAAGAAACAAUGGCAUAGAGCUGGGUGUCAGGCAUCCCCGAGCACAAACUGUCAGCUUUUUGUUUUCUUUUUCCAAACAACACUGCGAGAAUGUUUCCUGUGGAAAUAUGCAACCUGUGCAAAAAUAAAAAUGAGUUACCUCAUGUCGCUGUGUCUAUGAACUUAAGACUUAUUACUCUGAUUCAUCGGUCAGACUAAAACUACAAGAGUCAUGGAUAAAUCACAAACGUCUGCGGAGGUUGAACUUCCUUUUUUUUUCUUUUUUUUUAAGGGGUCCACCAUUUUAAUGAAUGUAAACGUGUGUACGUUUUGUGGUUGCUUUACAAAAUAAGGUCCCAAAAAAAGGUUAUUUUUCUUUUUCAAAAGAGCAACUUACUUCAUUCAAAGAAAUACAUUGAAUUAAUAGUAAAUGCCAGUAACCAAUAAAGGAAGAAAUCUCCUAAAAACUAUAUUAAAAUGACUGUAUGCUCUUUGACUUUCCAUAGCAAAGAUGACAGAUGAUUGGAUGAAUUAUUGUUAAAUGCCCAAAAUCAAAAAAGGAAGAAUUCUUCUUAAAGUAGAACACAAGAUCACACACAUAUAUAUAUAUAUAUAUAUAUAUAUAUACAUGCACACACACACAAAAACCACUAUGAGAAGAUUCUUAUCUGCUUUGUGGACUCUGUGUUUCACUGUCGUAAAUAAAACAAAAAAUGUCAGUAAACAAGGCAAUAAUUGUAUUGUUCAAUUCAACCCUUUGACAGCAUUUUUGUGUGCAGAAUGGUAGACUGACAAAUAGUUGUUAUGACACCCAGAAGAAUGUAUCUUAAUUGUGGAUCACAAAGAGGGAAAUUGUGGCUGUGGUGGAGAGGAUCCAGAUUAGGCAAAAUGGAUUUUUAACACGUGUCCCUGUAACCAUAUGAGCCCCACUGAGCCUCUGCAGUUCCAUCCAGCUGUGGAAAGUAUAUGGGCCACUUAGGGGAGCUUUCCAUAUGGAGCUGUAAAUGGACUGCAGUCAUCAAUACAGUCAGUGUAUAACAAACAAAUUCCUUGAGCAAUUUUUAUUU